UGCAAAAGCAAACAGACUGUCAUUGUUUAGUGCACCUCUUUCUCUCUUCUCUCUCUAGGCGCAGGGAGGCAAUGGAAGGCGGCGGCGAUGGCGGCGCCGGCGCCGUCUCCGGCGGUGGACUCCCUCUUCUAAACUGUAUUGUACAAGAAAUGCUGAGAAGCCUAUGCUCUUCUUCCAACUGGGUAUAUGCAGUCUUCUGGAAAGUUCUCCCCAGAAACUAUCCGCCGCCAAAAUGGGACUAUGGAGGAGGAGGAGUGCUUGAUCGAUCUAAAGGCAACAGAAGGAAUUGGAUCUUAGUUUGGGAAGAUGGAUAUUGUGAUCUUUAUGAAUGCCAUCAAAGAUCUGUAAAUGGGUAUUUGAAUGAAGAAGGAACAAGAAGAAGAUCAUUUGGAGCAGAUGUCUUUUUCAAAUUAUCCCAUGAAGUUUAUAGCUAUGGUGAAGGAUUGGUGGGGAAAGUGGCAGCAGACAAUUCUCACAAAUGGGUAUUCAGAGAUACUCCUAAAGACAAUAAUACCCUCAUGACUUCUUGGAAUGUCUCAAUUGACCCUCAACCAAGAGCAUGGGAUUCUCAAUUCAAUUCUGGGAUUCAGACAAUAGCUGUGAUUUCAGUGAAAGAAGGCAUAGUUCAGUUGGGCUCCUUCCAUAAGAUAGAUGAAGAUUUGAAUAUGGUAAUAAGUAUACAAAGGAAGUUUAGCUAUCUGCAAAGCAUACCUGGUGGCAUAUUUGCAAUUCAAAGACCAUAUGAUCUUCCUAUUUAUAAAGCAACAAGUAAUUAUAAUCUGCAAAAUUCACUCAGUCAGAUCUUGUCGGUGGCUUCAUCUUCCCACGGCGGCGGCGCGUGCUUUACCGACAACCGGAAAAGGAGGAGACGGGGUUUGGGGGAUGAGAUUCAAAUGGGUAAUCAUGUCAAGAUUGAAUCUAAUUGUGUCUUGUUGGAGACAGUUGAGGACAAACAUAAUUAUAAUAAUUAAUUCAACUGUCACUUAUUAUUAUAUUUCUGUACCUCAAUUAAUUUAAUUAGUACAAAAUAAAGUAGUUUUAUUAUUAUUA